AUGCCAAGCUCUCGUACUAGCGGGCCAACACCCACACUGCAGGAGAAAAAAUCCCCUCCGCAGACGACAUCCUCUUGUCGUGUCUGCUACGCCUGUUCUUGCAAGGCCUCCAAAAAAGAGAGGCAACAGGGGAUACAACAACAGCAGCAACCAGUGAAGCACCUGUCGCUUGUCCGGCGUAAACAGUCUGUUCUCACGGCCAAAAUCACGCCUUACAUGAAGGCACCUAUUGGUAAGUUCCUCAUUCUAUUCUUUGCCUACUGCAUGUAUGCCUUUAUCGGUUUCAGCAAACAGUGCAAAGUCCGAAAGUACCGCAGCGCCGACCGCAGAGGUGCAAUCGCCAGUCCCGUCACGGAGGUCCUCAAGGGAAGUCCCGUUGGAAGCCCCAGCUGCUGCAUCAACUCCCCCAGUUUCAGUGCCAUUGAAAGAUGUGAACGGCCGCGUUAUUGAACCUCAAGCUCAAUGCAACAGCUGGAAGCAAAGCAGGCGCGUGCCCGAACUCUGCGCCAGCGUCAUCUUCUGGAGCGCUCAAACAGAGUUCGAGAAUUGAGUAAAAAGGUCGAGGAGGUUCGAAUGCAAAAGCGUCUUCUGCUUCAGCAGAGACGGGCCUAUCUGGAGGAGAGAUUACACGUCGCAGAACUGAAACGCCGGGCGCAACUAGACCGCCGUGUUCUCAAAGCACACGAUGAGGAGAUCAAGGGCCGCGAGAUUGCCUUCAUUCAGAGUCUUGAGGCCGAACAAAAGCAGCAUACUAUAUUUACGAAACACGAGAUAUCGCGCGCUCGCCUAGAAGAACGGGCUGAAGAGAGACGGCGUCGUUUAGAGGAGAAGGCAGAAAAGGAGGAAGCUGCCAAGAUCCGACGACGACAGCUGGAGGCUAUACGACUAGCCAAGCUGGAUGCCCUUCAGGCCCGUUGGGUGAUUAGGGCUCAGGAGAUGGAGUCGCGUGCCGAGAAGACGGAGUUAAUGCGCCGAGCCGCAGCUCGCGCCAAGGAGCACAAUCGGGAACUGAAGUUGUCCAACCUCGAGAACCAGCAGAGAGUACACAUUGAGGAGCUACGCAGCAAGAUCGAACGCAAGGUAAUCCCCCGCCCCCCCUUUCCUAAUUGCUGGCAGUUUUGA